AUGGUAACCAAACGCAGUCGUCCUGCACCCAUCCUUCGCGUCAAGAAAUUAUCUCCACAGGCCAUUUUGCCUUCGCGAGGUUCAAGUCUUGCAGCGGGUUUGGACCUCGCAGCUGCCUACGAUGCUGUCAUUCCAGCAGGCUCCAAGGGUCUGGUCAAGACGGACCUUGCCAUUGCUGUGCCCGACUGCUGCUAUGCCCGCGUGGCGCCUCGUUCGGGUCUUGCGCUGAAGAAUUUCAUCGACACUGGUGCUGGUGUCAUCGAUGCCGAUUACCGCGGCAACGUGGGCGUGCUCCUGUUCAACCACUCGACGGAAGACUUUGCCGUCAAGCGAGGAGAUCGAGUAGCGCAGCUCAUUCUCGAGAGAAUCGAGUACCCAAGCAUCAUGGAGGUGGAUGAGAUUGACCAGACGGCUCGUGGCGCGAGCGGUUUUGGCAGCACGGGAGUGUCUCUACCUAUUGCCAAGAAGCACCGCGUGGCGUUAAACGACGUGCCCUUUAGUGAAGGGGAAGAAACUGCUGUUGACACGACGUUCAAGGCGCUCGAGCUGUUGUUAGUCAAUAAGGUGAUGGACGACGACAUGCGGCGUCUUCUGAAAAAGAAGCUCUAUAUGGCGUCCGAGAGGCAGUUCAUGCUGCUGAACAAAGCGCUGAACGACUAUCUUGAAGACGAGGAUAGUGGCAAGGUGCUCGAGUGGAUCACUGCUUUCCUCGAAGUCAAGUGA